UGAAAAUGGCGGACGCCGGAUCUUGAAUGUUUGUACUUAAAAGUUCAAGAGAAUAAGUUCUGUUGCUUAUAAUAUAUAGUGCAUAUUAAAUAGUUUAAGUAAUACCGUAUUUAAAUUCGAUCAAUACAAACCAUCUAGUUGAUUAUGAAUGUGUCAAAAUAGUCUGGAUCUUUAUAUUGUUUAGUUGUAAACUUUCUUGAUUUAGCUUGCAUGUAACACGUGAACGGCUAUGUUUUGUAACAUCCAUUCUACAUUUUCUUUGUUUUUUUUUCAUUUUGGAAAUGUCUGUGCACUAUAAAUUCAAAAGUGCAUUGGAUUAUGACACGGUUACAUUCGACGGUCUUCACAUAUCUGUAGGUGACCUGAAAGCUGCAAUAUCUCAGCAAAAACGCAUUGGCAAAACUUCGGACUUUGAUUUAGAAAUCACUAAUGCUCAAACCAAAGAGAUAUAUGUUGAUGACAAUGCUUUGAUUCCAAAGAAUACAUCUCUCCUGGUUGCCAGAGUUCCACUUUCUCAACAACCAAAGAAGCAGUGGGAAGGCUCAAAUAGUAAUUCAGCUCCACAUAAAGAUGUUACUGUUAAUAAAGGACUGGCUGAUCUAUCUCGCAUGGAAGGUAGCGAACAGGAUAAAAUAAAUGCUAUGAUAUCACAAUCAACAUUUGACUACGACCCUAGCAAUUAUCAGAAAAUAAGAGGACAAAAUCAGAGAGGGGCAGUGCCAUCUAAUUACAUUUGUUAUAAGUGUCAAAAGCGAGGACACUGGAUUAAAGAUUGUCCUGCUGCAAACUCAGGCGAGCCAGUGGAAAUACGACGGAGUACAGGUAUUCCUCGUAGUUUUAUGGUACCUGUUGAAGGACCAAAGGCACCGGGCGCCAUGAUGACUCCGAGUGGAACCUUUGCAGUGCCUGCCGUAGAUCAUGAGGCUUAUAUGGCCUCUGAGAACUGUGCUGGUGAUCCAUCUGGUAGCGCACCCAGCGCUCCCGAACCAACCAUACCGGAUGAACUAAUUUGUAGUCUGUGUCGCGAUCUUCUCACCGAUGCUGUAAUGAUACCGUGCUGUGGAAACUCUUUUUGUGAUGAAUGCAUAAGAGGUGCGUUACUGGAAUCUGAGGAUCAUGAAUGUCCCGACUGUCGGGAAAAAGAAAUAUCUCCAACAACACUUAUUCCAAACAGAUUCUUGAGGAAUUCUGUGUCGUCUUUUCGCAAUCAAACUGGAUACAGCCGGCGAGCACCUCAUCGACCCUCGGUCACGCCAGCUCAAGCCCGUGCUCCGAUAAAAGAGGCAACCACUGCAUCGAGUGUACAACAACCUCCACCGAAUGGACCCGUUAAACCGCAAGUCACAGCCUCUGUCGAGAGUCGCGGCGGCGAGGAGUCGGACGGGUCGGCGGACGACAACAUCACAGUCACGAUGCCGCCCAAGCUCGCGCACCACGCACCGCAUCGACACUACAGAUACGGCCAUCAACCGAUGAUAAAACCAGUUGUCGAAAAUCCAAAUUCAUCCAUACCACUCAAUUUACCUAGAAUUGAAGAACAAAGGGCUAGCACUCCAACAAUAGAUGAACGAAGAGAACCAAUGGAACGAAGAGAUCCAAUGUCUUCUCAGAUACCGUACAAUCGAGGUCCUCACCCGUUCGCUCAUGGAGCAUCGCAACCACCUCAACGUUUUAACGAUCCACCGCGAUUCGGUCCACCGCCCGGUCCUGGAUUUGUUGAGCGUUUUCCUCCUGAACCGUAUCAACCACCUCCGCCCGGUAUCAAAGAAUCGCCUUCUAACAGGCCGGGUGAGGAUCCGCUGGAGGCUUUCAACCGGAUGAUACGCGAGAAGGAGAUGCGAGCCAAGCGGCGUGAGGAGGAGCGGCGCCGCGAGCUGUCUCCGUCUCGCUCUCGCUCCCGUUCUCGCACGCGCACCCGCACGCGCUCACGCACGCCGCGCGUUCGCGCCCGCAGCCGCGCCUCCAGCCGCCCGCGGUACUCUAGGUCGCGUUCCAUGUCGCGCGGCCGCUUGCGACGUUCACCGUGGUCGCCAAGAAGACGCCGCACGCGCAGCCGCUCUCUUUCGCUAACGAGGUCGCCGUCCCCCCGGCGUCGCAUGCGGUCUCCCAUACGGUACCGUUCGCCCCCUCUGCGGUCGCCGCCCCGCUCGCCGCUACGCUCGCCGAUCCGCUCCCCGCUCCGCUCGCCGGUGCGGUCCCCACGCCGCACGCCGCGACGUUCGCCGCCGCCACCGAGAUCCUCACCGCACAGAUAUGCCGGAGUAUACGACGAACUAAUGUCCCCCCCGAGACGUAGCGUAGAGCCGCCGUAUGGAGCCAGAUACGGACCUAGAAAUAGUAUUCCACCACCAUCAUAUCCACCUAUAGGUGUGAAAACAAUAGCUCCCAUGGGCGGUAUCCCGAUUCAAGCUGAUCAACCACCUGGCUAUCGAGGGCGUUAUGACAUGCCACCAUUUGAAGACAUUCCUCCUGGUCUGGAGCCACCUGUACCAGGAUUUGAACCAUCGCCUUUUGAGAAACCGUCUUUUGGACCACCAGUUGGACUUGAUCGUGAAAGAUUACCACAUCCAAAUUACAGAGACUCGUAUAGACCUCCAGCUUACGUCGAAGGCCCACCUCCCUUUAGAGACAUACCAAUAGCCGUUGGUCCUACAGAAAUUCCAGUACACGUUGGUGAACAAUCUCGCUAUCGAGAUAAUUUUAGACCAGGACCUUAUCGUGAUCAAGGUUCAGUACCUUUUAGGGACGGGCCUCCUUAUAGAGAAUCAGGAUCACAACCCCCUCCUUUUAGAGAUCCUAAUUACAGGGGUGCUGCACCAUUUCGUGAUAACUCUUAUAGGAGUGCUCCGUAUAGAGAUAACACAUUUAGAGAUAAUCCACCUCAUAACAACUUCCGUGAUGGCGUGCCUCCGUUUAGACAAUCUAGUCCUGAGUCUAAUGUUCAUCAUGAAUCAAACUUUCGUGAUGCUUAUAGAGACGAUAAUAUUGUGCCUAAUCGACCUGGGUAUCGCUCUAAUGUUCGUAGUAGAAUUGGACCUAGGCGUGACCCUAAUAUUGAACAUGAAAGACACAGAGACAGAGAAGGACGAGAGAGAGAUAGAUACGCUGAUAAUCGAGAUCCUCCUGAAAGGAAUGAUCGUAUUCGUAAUUCUGAUAGAAGACCGGGGUAUGACAAGAGUAGAGAAACGCGUGAUGAUCGUCGCGAAAUUGAAAGAAAUAGAGAGUCUGAAAGAGCUCGCGAUCACGAAAAAACUCCUGACAAGAAAACUAGAACUUCUCCAAAACAUCGGGACUCGCGCGAUAAAAAACGCAGUGAAUCAAGAGGUCGAUCUAGGGAUCGCGAGCGCGAUAGACGCGAGAAGAAAGAAGAUAGAACUCGUGACAAGACUUCCGCUGAUAGAAGUAAAGAUCAUAAAGAAAAAGAGAAAAAGCUCAAAGAGCGGAAGAAGAAAAAAAGGGAAAAAGAAAAAGAGAAAGAUAUCGAAAAGAAGAAAAAGCGGGAUAAGAAAGAAAAGAAGGACAAAGACGUUAAAAAAGAAGAUGAGGAUCCUGAGAAAAGUGAUGUGAAAGACGCCAUAGAAAAACAAAAUGAAGUAUCCAAUUUACUAAGAAUUGAGAAGCCGGUUGAAAUCAAAGAAGAAAAUAAAAAUGUCGAAGAGACGAUUCCAACAACUAAUUCUCCAAAAACUGAACAAAAAGAUAAAGUUGUGUUUGAUGAUUUAUAUGGCGAUGAAGUCGUGGGAGCUGUUGAUAAAGAGAUAAUACAAACUUACGUCAAAAAUGAUGUCAACGAAUCGGUACCUGAAACCAAUAACUCGGACAUCGUGACCAAGGAAGAGCCCUUUGAUGGAAUCGAAUUGCAGGCUAAUGCUGAUGAGUUGGAUUUAAAACUGGAAGAAAGUAAUGGUCAAAAUAGUAAAGAAAUGUUAGCCCCUUUGCCCGAAUUGUCUAAAUGGGAAGUAGAUGAUGAAUCUGCUGACAAAAAAGAAGGUGAAGUAAUGUCUCCUAAAGAAAAGGCAGACGGCACUAAAGUGACUUCAGAUGUUAUUAAAAGAGCUGAGAAUGCAAUUUUCGCAAAAGCAAUUCAUUCUUUGAAACCCAUAGAAAUAAAGAAAAUUAGCGGGGAUCGAGUUAAGCUCUAUGAUGAUGAGGCUCCAAAAUCUACAAUGAAUAAUAUUCAGAUUACUGUUCCAGUUACAGAAAUGGAUCAUAGAUCUAUAGAAGUAAAUGAGAAAAAGAAAGCUCAUUCUAAAACGCCACCUCCUAGGUUGUCUGUCAAAGAAAGAUUAGGAGGGAAAGUGGACGAAAUUAGAAGAAAUAGAGAAGCUCGUGUUAUUCACAGUACAGUAGAGAGAGUAAAAUCUCGCUCUAAAACACCGAAGAGGGAAACUCAGCAUUAUCGCAGAGUAACGGUUGAAAAGGACAGGAAUAGAAAAGGAGACGCAUUGAGACCGGUAUCGGGUAAAGGCGAUAGAAGAGUAUUUUCAGAAAACGUGAAAGUCGAAAAACAACACUUUACUUCAAACGAGAAAAGAGAAAAUAUUGAAAAGGGAGUAGAAUCGCGUGACAGACAAGAAAAAAAAUCAGAUCCUAAAGUUUCACAUCAUGAGAGAAAAAAAUCAACAUUGGACGAAGCUCAUUUUGAACCAGACUAUGAUGAAACUGUAGAGUCUGAAACUGAAACGAAAGAAGAACCUCCUAAAAAACGAGACUAUAUGUCGCUCAGUGAUAAAUUGAGUGAUAAAAUGAAUAUUAAUUAUGAAAAUAAGAAAUCUAAGCUAGAUGUUGAAUCAUUAAACUUGGUGAAUUUAAAAAGAAAACCUGAACCUGAAACUGACUCUUCCAGUGAUUCAGACGACUCGUCAUCAUCUUCUUCGUCUGAAGAACGAAAAAGAAAGAAGAAAAAGAAACGUGCUAAGAAGAAAAAGAAACGCGCUGCAAGUGACAGUGACAGUGAUUCUGAUUCUAGUUCAGAUGAUCAUAAGAAAAAAAAGAAAAAGCGUAAACACAAGAAAAAAUCCAGCAAGAAGAAGAAAAAGUCUAAACAUAAGUAAAUAAUGAAUCUUUUGCUCUUAAUUAGUUUAAGCAUAGUCGUUAUGUGUGUUUGUAUUUACUGCUAUGGAAAUAGAAGA